UGGAGCGCUGGCCCACCCGGCGGCGCGGCGGCGCGGCCAUCCGGCCCGGGGGAGGGGGAGGGGAAGGGAGAGGGGUCGGGGCGUUGCAGGGCGGAGAGCGGGCCGGGGCUGGGCGCACGUCGAGGGCUGUGGCCGCCGCGGCAGGGCAAGGCCACCCCACCGGCUGCGGGCCCAGCUUCCAGGCGUCUGGACAGAGGGCGAGCUGUCGGGAGGGCAGAGCUACAGGGCCUGCAAAGAUGCUGGCUGUCCCGGAGAUGGACCUACAGGGGCUGUACAUUGGCUCCAGCCCACAGCGGUCUCCAGUGCCCAGCCCACCUGCCUCCCCAAGAACCCAGGAAAGCUGUGGCAUUGCCCCUCUCACACCCUCACAGUCUCCAAAGCCCGAGGCCCGAGGCCCUCAGCAGGCCCCCUUCUCUGUGGUCGUGGCUAUCGACUUUGGCACCACAUCCAGUGGCUAUGCCUUCAGCUUUGCCAGUGACCCUGAGGCCAUCCACAUGAUGAGGAAAUGGGAAGGUGGGGACCCAGGUGUGGCCCACCAGAAGACCCCUACCUGCCUGCUGCUGACCCCAGAGGGUGCCUUUCACAGCUUUGGCUAUACAGCCCGCGAUUACUACCAUGAUCUGGACCCUGAGGAGGCUCGUGACUGGCUCUACUUCGAAAAGUUCAAGAUGAAGAUCCACAGUACCACCGAUCUCACUUUGAAGACCCAGCUAGAAGCAGUAAACGGAAAGAAAAUGCCUGCCCUGGAGGUGUUCGCUCAUGCCUUGCGCUUCUUCAAGGAGCAUGCCCUUCAGGAGCUGAGGGAGCAGUGCCCAUCACUGCUGGAGAAGGACACUGUGCGCUGGGUGUUGACCGUACCUGCCAUCUGGAAACAACCAGCCAAGCAGUUCAUGCGGGAGGCUGCCUACCUGGUGCCAUUCCAGUGUGAUGCCUGGUCCAUGAUGCUCCCCAACCCUGCCAACCACCAUCAGGCUGGACUAGUGUCGAGAGAGGAUGCAGAGCAAUUACUCAUCGCCCUGGAGCCUGAGGCUGCCUCUGUCUACUGCCGCAAGCUGCGUCUGCACCAGCUCGUGGAUCUGAGUAGCCGAGCUCCAGGCAGAGGGUGCCUGGGCGAGCGCCGCUCCAUCGACUCCAGCUUCCGUCAGGCCCGAGAGCAGCUUCGAAGAUCCCGCCACAGCCGGACAUUCCUGGUGGAGUCGGGUGUUGGAGAGCUGUGGGCCGAUAUGCAAGCAGGAGAUCGCUAUGUGGUGGCAGACUGUGGGGGAGGCACAGUGGACCUGACGGUGCACCAGCUGGAACAGCCCCAUGGCACCCUCAAGGAGCUCUACAAGGCGUCUGGCGGGCCCUGUGGCGCGGUGGGCGUGGACCUGGCUUUCGAGCAGCUGCUGGGCCGCAUCUUCGGUGAGGACUUCAUCACCACCUUCAAAAGGCAACGUCCAGCAGCCUGGGUGGAUCUGACUAUAGCCUUUGAGGCCCGCAAACGCACUGCAGGCCCACACCGUACAGGGGCGCUCAACAUCUCCCUACCGUUCUCCUUCAUUGACUUCUACCGUAAGCAGGGAGGCCACAACGUGGAGACGGCCCUGCGCAAGAGCAGCGUGAACUUCGUGAAGUGGUCCUCACAUGGGAUGCUCAGGAUGUCUUGUGAGGCCAUGAAUGAACUCUUUCAGCCCACCGUCAGCGGGAUCAUCCAGCACAUAGAAGCACUGCUGGAGCGCCCUGAGGUGCAGGGUGCCAAACUGCUGUUCCUGGUGGGCGGCUUCGCCGAGUCGGCUAUGCUGCAGCACGCGGUGCAGGCAGCUCUGGGCGCCCGCGGCCUGCGUGUGGUGGUUCCGCACGACGUAGCCCUCACCAUCCUCAAAGGCGCAGUGCUUUUUGGGCAGGCGCCGGGAGUGGUUCGGGUGCGUAGAUCGCCGCUCACUUACGGCGUGGGCGUGCUCAACCGCUUCGUGGCUGGUGUUCACCCGCCUGACAAGCUGCUGGUUCGUGACGGUCGCCGCUGGUGCACCGACGUUUUUGAGCGCUUCGUGGCCGCCGAACAGUCGGUGGCCCUGGGCGAGGAGGUGCGGCGCAGCUACUGCCCAGCGCGCCCAGGACAGCGGCGAGUGCUCAUCAACCUAUACUGCUGCGCCGCGGAGGACGCGCGCUUUAUCACCGACCCAGGAGUGCGCAAGUGUGGCGCGCUCAGCCUGGAGCUUGAGCCAGCCGAGGGAGGCCCCGACGCCGCCGGAAUGCCCCCCGGCCGCCGCGAGAUCCGCGCUGCCAUGCAGUUUGGCGACACUGAGAUUAAGGUCACCGCCGUCGAUGUCAGCACCAAUCGCUCCGUGCGCGCCGCCAUCGACUUUCUUUCCAAUUGAGGGCGCAGUGCCAGCACCCCCUCGACCCAACAAAACUUUUGGCCCAGGGCUGGGGCAGAUAAGUCCACCCUGUUUCCCGCCAUCCUGCCCUGGGAGAUGAGGUCGCAGGAGGGAUGGGUGGGGACACAUCCAGAAACUCAGGCUUUGGGAUUGGGCGUCAGUCCUCUGACGGAAAGGCUGAAGGGCACUUCCAAGGACUGAGGUCAAGGAGACUUAAAAGGUUUGCAAAGGCAUCCCCACAGGGAGCACGUGGUCCUGAAAGCAGACUGCAUCAGAAGGCUUGACCCUUGGUCUGAACUAGGGGCCAGGGUGGGAGUGGGGGGUGAGGUUGGGGGUACAGCUGCAGGAGGGCAGCAAGAGGGAGGAGGUUGUGCAGGGUCUGGAGCCGAAGGGCAGAGUGCUCUGACUGGCUCAGCCUGCAUAGGGAGCCAGGCAGGACAAGGACUGAAGCUGACAGGAGAGGGACAGAAGUAGCAGGACCUACCUUCCUGGGUGUGGUGCUGACCACCCAAGUAUGAAUGUUAAUUUUAGAAAGGGCAGUAGCAGGCUAUGAGAAGGGUACAGGCGAGGGGGGUGUGGGAUAACAUGCUGAGGGGGGCUUUCCUUUGUAUCUGAGAAGGCCCCAGGGGCAGCCUGGGAAUGAUCCACAUACUCUCAGGUCACAGAGAGGGAGGAGAGUAGGGAGGACAGAAAGAGCACUGGUCCCAGCUCUGACAUCAAUUUAGUGUACCUGCCCUCCCGUGACAUGCAGCAGUCCCACCUGCCUGAGAGCCCUAAGGUGACAAUAAAGCUCAAGGUGAAACGA